AAUAAGUGGGGCCCACAACUAUGUCAGCGUCUGAUGCUAACAUGCGCCUAGUUAGUUGUUACUCGUAGUCCUAUCUAUCCUUCACCACUACGGUUCUCUCAGCCUACUGCCUAGAUUUGCCCAAGUAACGUUAUCUUCUAAAAUUGGAGUGAAAUGGCUUUGAACUGCUCUACCUCUUCAAGAGCUACUAUAAGCCUAAGUUUUCUACAAUUCCAACCCAGGAACCCUAAAAAUUAUCUUCCUAUGAAAUUGUCUUCGUCACCGCAUGGAUCUCCAAGGCCCUUCCUCCGCGCUUUGGCCAAUUCGACUCCGAAAGCGCAAUUCAUUGCACGGCGGAAGGAGUCGGUUUUGGUCCGGCAACUUGGGCGCCCUCUAAUUGAGUAUAUGAGCUUACCGGCGAGUCAAUACUCCGUGUUGGAUGCGGAGAGGAUAGAGCGGGUGGACGACAACACGUUUAGGUGUUAUGUGUAUAGGUUCAAGUUCUUUGCUUUUGAGGUUUGCCCUGUUUUGCUUGUUAGAGUUGAAGAGCAGCCUAAUGGUUGUUGCAUUAAGCUUUUAUCAUGCAAGCUUGAGGGCUCACCUAUGGUGGUUGCACAGAAUGAGAAAUUCAGUGCUUCUAUGGUGAACUAUAUCUCAUGUGGUAGCAGCCAAAGCAACUCAUCAGUGCAACAACUUACUUCUGAUGCAGUCAUUGAGGUUAACAUUGAGGUCCCUUUUGCAUUUAGUGCAAUUCCAGUUCAAGCAAUGGAAUCAAGUGGGACAAGAAUCCUUGAACAAAUACUUGGGCUUAUGCUUCCGCGCUUUAUGGCACAGCGAUGCAGGAAGACCCUAUCAAGAGAUAAGGGAAAUGAGUAACUUCAGGGGCAAGAGCAAAUAAUGCGUGAAGUCUAAAAUGCUUGUGAAAGACUAUCAAGCAUGGGCUACUGGUGACACCUCAAGGCAGCCUCUUGGAACAGGUAAGAUUUGAGAUUUGAGGAAAGCAGCACUGGCUACUAUGGUAUUUGAAUCUGUAGUCUUCUUCAGUUAGGAAUCACAUGUUUACAGAGUACAAUAGGCAGUGAGAAUCCCAACUGCUCUAGGUACACUUUUUCUUAUCAUUCCAAUACAAAGCUGGUCUUAGAUCUUGAUUUAUGAGAAAAGGUACAAUGAUCAUUUAAGCAGUGAUUUACUAGUGUCUUCUUGCUGCAAAAAAUAGAAUCAGCAUGUCAUCCUGUGGAUGAUUUCAUGGGGCUAUGCUCUCAUGAGCUCGUCCUAAAAUUUUGAACCUUUUAUGCGUUUCCAUCUCUGCUAGGGUGAUAAUGUGUUAUUACUUGUGAAUAUGAUUUAAAUCUGACAGAAACUUAACGAUUUUAAGAUUGGAAUAAUUAUCGUAUUUUAUAUCAAAA